CUUACCUGGUUUCCUGUAUAUGUGACACAGGGAGGAUGACUUUGACUUGGAUCUUGAGGAUAUAAUGGUUAUGGAAGCCAUAUGGUUAUCCAUACAGGAGAAUGGCAGAAAUCGAACUAUGGACUACAGUGAUGUUGGUCCAUCAGAACAAUAUACAGCGGAUCAUCGAGGUGUCCCAGCAGUCAACACCCCUGCCGCUUCAGGAUCAUCUUCCUCUCCUUCUGGUGGUCUUGCUUGUGCAAUUGCAGCCCUUGCUGAGCGCCAGCAAAUGGGUGGAGAGUCCAGUAACUAUGAUCGGAGCAUGUCAUCGUAUAAUGAGCAUCUUGCUUGUGAUAGGUUUUCCAAUAGGGAGGAGAUAGAGAAUGAUGAUUACUCUCAUGCUGAGAGCACCAUGCAUGCGUCACCUGAAAGGCAGCUGGAAAUAACGAGGGACGAUGGUGAAUGGGCUGAUCACGGGUCCAUGGUUGCCGAAGUUGGAACUAGUUAUGCAGUCUCUGACGAAAUGGAAGAUGAUGCUUCAUUCCCUGUGCAACCCACCACCGGUUCAAUAGUUCCUGAGAAUUUUGAAGAGCAGAUGAUGUUAGCCAUGGCUGUUUCACUGGCUGAGGCAAGCUCGCGGUCUAGUCCACCUGGAGUGUCAUGGCACUAGUAGUGCUUGUGAUGUGGGGUUGAGUGGAUUCCCCUCAUAUUGCCUCGCCACUCAUCAGAAAGAAAAUGAAACAAAAAAAGACAAGAAAAAGAAAAUGCAACCAGUAUUUUAAUCUUCUUGUCCUCUACCUUUCCACCUCUCUGUUUUCCUACUUUUCCUCCCUUUUGUAGUCUGGUAUACUGCUGUACGAAAACAGAGAAAUUGAUUCUAGUGAAUGAAUAUUGUUUGAGCCUGCACAUAACAGGUUUAUAAGUUCAGCUCAUUUUCAAAUUGUAAAUAGUUGUCGAGUUACUUCAAGAUGUAUUUCAAGAAGUGGUUCUAUUGUGAAAAAAGGUGGAAGCA